CAUCAUCAUCAUCUGAUGGGUGGAGUCACUUCAAAACUUCCUUACCCCUUCGAACUCGCAAAGGACAGGGAGAAGACCGUCCGUAACAGCGCAGAAAAGAUGUCUUUCUUCAGAAAAUUCUACAAAAAUAUCGUCCAUGACAGAAACCCCGAUAAUGACACCAUUAAAGUGAAAGGAAAGUUGACGCCGGUGUUUUACGGAACAGUGGCCCCGUACCCGAACUUCGAUGCAAGCAAAGAUGCCGCAAUUCUCCAGAGUGCCAUUCAAAGUAAAGGAGUGGAUGAGGACGUGAUCAUAUCCAUCUUGGUCAAAAGAAACAAUGAGCAGAGACAGAAGAUCAAAGUUGUUUAUGAGGCGAUCGCUGGCGAGCGAUUGGAUCGUGCUCUAAAAUCUGCGCUCAGGUCAGAUUUAGAGGACAUCGCUCUGGCCUUAUUGAUGCCGCCAGCCCAUUUUGAUGCCUCCCUGAUCAGAGAUGCAACAAAGAGACUGGGCACAGAUGAAGAUGUCCUCGUGGAGGUUCUGGCAACCAGGACAAAUGAAGAGCUCAGACAGUUGAAGAGGGUCUAUAAAGAAGUGUACGGGGACGACCUGGAGGAUGUGAUUAAGGAUGAAACCCGCGGCGAUUUCACCACCGCCCUUCUGGCGAUGUUGAAGGCAAACAAAGAAGAGAACACAGAAGUUGACAACCAAAAGGACGCAGAGACGCUGUUCGAAGCCGGAGAGAAUAAAAAAGGAAUCGACAUUGCGCCCUUCUUGGACAUCCUGACAACGCGCAGUGGACCUCAACUCUCUAAAACGUUCCAGAGGUACGCCUGUCUCAGCGACAUGACGCUGCCUAAAGCUCUGAACGUGGAGCUGAAAGGAGACCUCGAAGACUGUUUCCUUGACAUCGUGAAAUGUGCAUGGAGCACACCGGCAUUCUUUGCUGAGAAGCUCCAUCGAGCUAUGGAGCGCCACGGCACGUGUGAAGAUACACUGAUCAGGGUGCUGGUGAGUCGCUCUGAGGUGGACCUGAAGAAGAUUUUGGAAGAAUACAGGGCCAUGUAUGACACAACGCUGCAGGAGGACAUCCUGAAAGACACAAAGCAUCAUUUUGAGAAGAUCCUUCUUGGACUGUGUGGACCCCACUGAGAAAACACCACACUGAAAUUUGAGGUCUCAUAUCGUUAAAUUAGUGGGCAUGACAGGAUCACUGUACUUUAUUUAGUUAAUGCUCUAGCAAAGUGGACGCUAUAUAAUUUUAUCAUGCCGUAUGUUUAUUCAGGCAAGGCAAAAGGUGAAAGGUCAAUUUCCUAACAAAAUGCCCCCCAAAAUUAUUUUAUGCUUUUGUUUGAAUGUCUUAAGUCUUCUUUCUCUGAAAUAAAAUGCCUGAGUUGAUGGUCA